UAAAGAUGGCCCGCAACGAAGAAAAACAUGCAGGGAGACUGAACCGAUUGUGGUUGAAGCAGUUAGACGAAGAAAAAGAAAAGAAGAAUCCUCCAAGACCAGGACUGGGAUCUCUGAAAACAGCUGCUGAGGUGAAAAAAUGGAUCCCAAGUAUAAAGAGAGAUAUUGACUUCUGUCUCAAGCAAUCACAAGUGACAUGUUACCCACACCGAAAGUUGAGUGAGUUUUCGGAGAGGAUUGAACAAUUGACUAGAGAGUAUCGCUCAUAUCUGCGGAAGUACAGAGAGCUUGAACCUGGCGAACAGCACACUCCGUGGACUGACAAACCCUACUCUAGGAAGCAGAAAUAUGCUGAUUUUACACAUAUAUGUACGGAUGCUAGCGAUACCCCAUCCAAGAAGUCAAGGGAUGAGUUUUCUCCCCUGGCUACUCCUGUCCUCGAUGUCGAGGAGGCAGACUAUUCCUACACACAGUUGGAGGGUCUCCACACACACACCUCACAUACAGUCCCACUCCCAGUUGUCAACCUAGAGACUCAGGACAAACCACUGGACUUCAACCCCUUAUUGCAACAUAAUGGAAAUUAUCUUCCACUAGCUUUUGAAAGACAAGAACAAGACUCUGUUAUCUCUGCUGGUAAAGAAGUAAAUAACUCGUUAAUGGAGUAUUGUGGAAAUAUCUUGCCAUUAACGUUUGAAAGGCAAGGGACAAGUUGGUCUGCUAUGUCUGAUUGUAAAGAUGAGAGAGCACAGUGUGCUUGUGUGUGUCAUUUAUAUAAGCAAUGUGGCAAUGGAGUUGCAUCGACUCAGGGAAAGUGUAAAAAAGAUUGUGAUGAUUGUGAUAAAUGUUCUAGUAAAAUGCCAGCAGAACAUAGCAAUAUUCAACAUACAUGUGAGUCUUUGACAGAAAAUGUGAGCAAUAGUAAUAAACAGCUGCUAGAAUCACAAAAUCAAAAUAAUGUGUUAAAUUUACCAUACUCAGACUCAUCAAGCGAAGAAGAUUGUGAUGAAAACACUCUUCAUACAGUGCAGUCUUAAAAUACAUGGCCUGGUUGAUGAUAAAGAUGCUUUUUGUGUCGCCUGACUAGGCGGCAUAUAGGGGUUACUUAUGUCGGUGGCAGCUGUGGUGGCGGUCGCGUCCUGUUUUCACUUGUCCGGGGCAUAUCGUGUAAACUAUAAGGCCAGAGUUUUUAUAUCUUUAGAUUUACGGGAGCGCCGUACCUAAAUAUUGCAAAACCCAAAUAAAAAUAAAAUUAAUUUUCGUAGUUUUAUUUUUAUUUUUUCCGACGAACGUUGCUCCAAGGUUAAGAAAAAAAUAAAAUUAGUGUUCUAUAACCAAUAUCUCAGAACCAACUGGUGUACUAAUUGUCAUUCAUUAUCGGUCUUUUUACUGCACAAACCACGUAAACCAGUCGGAAAUACGCGGGGAAACAGAACAGGUACCCGUUACCAUAACAACGUCCUGUCAAAAGUGAAAUUACUUUUUGUCAUACCCCUUAUUUCUCACAAUUUCUGCAGCUAUAUAGAAAUGUUUUACUACAAAAACGUUCCGAUGUUUAUGUUUCAUUAUUUAAAUAAAACCGUGGUGAACUUAGAGCGUGUUUAUUGUGAUUUUUUUUGUAGAUUCAGUAUGUUGUUCGCGUUUCGUGGAAUGAUUGCGAAACUUCCGGUCAAAAUAAGGAGACAGAAAUUCGUGGGUUGUAUUGUCUAUUAAAAGUCGUUGGCGCACGUCGUAUAUUAACAAGGAUGAAUUGGAUUACAGCGCAAAAAUGUAUAGCUUCUGGCAAACACAAACUGCAAAAUGAUAUCGUGUUCAUCAUAGUCAAAAUGGAUAUUUUUGUCUGAAUUUGACUCUGGGGAGCAUUGAAGUUUGAACACACUGCUUCAACAUCACAUAUUUGAAGAGAAAAACACAAGGUAUCGUGAUAUUCGUAGUUGUUAAUUAGUUUAAUAAUGAUUUAGUAUUUAAAUCGUUAUAGAAUACUGAAAAUGAUGUAAUAAUACCAUAGUGUGUGUUUCCGAUAAAACAGAAAAAAAUCUGAACAUAAGAUAUCUGGCAGUCAGUGCAAGAAGUCAAACUUAUCUGUUGCUUAUUGCCAACGGGCAUACUGUGAAAUCAUUAAUGUUCGUGGGGCAUUAAUGUUCGUGGUUUUCGUGGGUUGGGUGAUCCACGAAUUCAAGAUCCCAUGAAAUAUAAACCCUUUAUUCACUUUUUCAAUUGCCUUGUUACGUACAUACUCUAGUAUAUUAUUUACAGAGGUGGCAGUAUACAGUGUUAAAAACUGUCUCACUGUAUAACUUACGAUCAUAGCUGGAAUUAGAAGGAUAUUUUUCAGGACUGAUUCUAAAAUCAGUUCUUAGACCUGGUUUUUUGAAACAUAUAACACUUGUAAAAUUUAUCUUAAUGCUCCCGAAUUUUCUUUGGUGAAGUACAUAAAUGUAGAUUUUGACUGUCUGUGUAUCCGUAAGCCCUGUCAAACUUUGAAGUGAAGAGGAAUUUCCAUCAGGGCUUCUACUAAUUUGGUUAUAUUUUCUAUAUAAAAACCACAUCACGAUAAAUUGUCACGGUGCUAUUUCGUUAAAGACAGAAAAACACAUUUGACCUCCUUAUUAUACCGUGUCUGAAACUGUGUUCAAUGUUUGAUUACUUCACAAUGGAAAGGAUAUGCUUAUAUUGUGGGCAAAAGGUUAGAAUUGGCCAUUUAAACUUCUUUAUUACACUGACAUGUUUCAUAAAAUCCAUGGGUUGAUAAUAUAUGCACCUCAUAUGCAUAGAUGCAUUCGAACAAAUAUAUACAAUUAAUUUCAAUGAGCCCUUGAACUCACAGUGUUGAGGUCAAUAUUUUCAGUCAUUAAAAGGAUCUUUUAAUUAUGCUUUUGAAACUUUAUGGUGAUCUAUCACCAUUUUUUCAGCCUAUGAAAUAGCUGACACAAGUAAGGUGUGUUUUGUCUUCAUGAUAUAAGAAGAUUUAAAAAAUAAAAAAAAUCGGAGAAAAAUCCGUUUUAUUUUUAUUUAUUUCUCCUUUGGGACAUUUUAUGCAUUUUAUUUUUAUUUUUAUUUCCUCCUCCUUACCCAACUUUUUGAAAAAUCUCCCGUAAAUCUAAAGAUAA